GUUUGGAAAGAGAUCAGUCAAGAUGAUUGCCACGUGGGUGUGCUUUUACCUGGUGCUCAUUGCCCUGUUCAUGACGUUCCUGGCCCCCUCGGCCGAGGGCUGCUUCAUCCUGUUGGCCUGCCUGCUGGCCUCUCCCUACUGUCCCUACAACGUGACCGCCUCUGGAUGAUGGAUUACACUCUCAACCCUCCCACACCGAAUAGUCAAUAACCCUUUGCACUGAAAAUAUAAUCACGAUGCACCAUAA